AAGAACAAUACCGGUAUUUUAUGUUGUUUUUAACUUCACUUUAAUUUGUAACAACAGUUAACUUUGGCAUAGGCUACAACUUGGCCCAAAGAGCUGGCUACGGGUUGGUAAACAGAUUAGUUGAAAAUUUUGAGUGUCCUCUUUUUCAUCUGAGGACUUAGGGUAACCCUAGGUAAGCGCAGAUGUUUAUUAAUAUUUAAAUAAUAAGGUAACAUAUUUUGUUAAUAUGAUAGAGUGUAUGCAGUUGCAUAGGAAGUUGGAUGUUCUGCAUGGGGGGGCACUUUGUCUGGAGUGGCUGCAUUUUCUGCCAAAUGCUGGGUUUGUUAUUUUUUGUAGAAUGGGCAGUAAGAGACUUUGCCUAUGAAUUAACUCGAUCUAUGCUACCAAACAUAACGACCUAGGCAAUCUACAAUAGCAAUUUCAUUAUUCAAUGUUUCUGGAGAAAAUUAUAAAAUCUCCUUAUUGAACUUAAUACCCUGAAAUAUUUUUUUUUAAAAGUCGGCUUUAGAACAUGUAUUUACGGAAUUUUAUAUUUUAAUUAAUACAAUGGUCUUAUUUAUAAAGUAGGCCUUAAUUAGAUCCUAAUAUUAGUGUAGUAUAAUUGGUAGCCUAACCAAAGUUACUAAAUAAAAUGACUUCUUUAUGGCCUAAAAUACUAAAAGUAGUUACAAUAAAUAUUUAACUGAGAAAUAUACUCUGUUUGAAAUCUUUUGUGCUAAUCAAUUAGAACAGGAGAGGCAAAUCCCGCUAGCUUGUUGAAAAAAAUGGCAAACUUUCUGUUGGUUUUAUCCGGUGCUUGCUGUUUUACUUAAAUUUCAGUAAUUAUUUUCCUGUCAUUUCAGCUUUAAACACCAUCACAUGUUUAAUAGUAAUAAUUAAUUAUUGUAAUUAUCUUCAACAGAAAAAGCAAUGGAUAAUAUAAACUCAGAAUCCAUGUCCAAACAGGCUCAACAAAUUUGGGCAAUGUUAGAUGACAUGUCAGAAAAUGAUCCAUCAGCUUAUAAGAAGUUUAUUGAGCGCCAGUUGCAAGAAGGGAAAGAACAUAUUUCUCCCCCAGAACCUCAUAUGUGUGUGCAAGCUACAUUAGUAGUAAGUAACUAUUAUAGUUUAUUAUUUUUGAGGGCAUAAAGACCAUUUUUUAUAUAAAUUAUGUAUUUUGAAAAACUUUAAUUUUAAUUUUUUUUUGGAUAUAAUCAAUAUUUUAUUUUUGAAAUAUCAUUUUUAUUAGAAUAAACGCUCUAAAUCAUUUCUCAGCAACAACAAAAGUUAUAUCAAAACUAUGUAUUUAAAUUUAAGAAAUAAAGAAGAUAGAGCUCAAUCGUAAAUUGAGCAGAAGAGCAAUUUAACAGUGGUGCAUAACAAUAACAGAGAACUUUCAUUAACAAUAUUUUAAAAAUGAGGAAAUUCUUUAAAAAAUUAUUAAUGAAUGGAAGAAUUAUUCAAAUGAGAUCAAGCUAUACUAAUCUGGUAAAAAAAAAACAACAGAGAACCUGCUCAAUACAUGGUAUGGUAGAGGAAAAUCCUCAGGAAAAUAUAUGUCCUAGUGAUACUGUGAUAGAAAAUGAUGUCUGGCGAAUCCGUACAAACCAAGAGCUUUACCAAUUGUACAAAGACCCCAUAGUGGAAAUAAUUUUUAAAAGUCAAACUGCACUGGGCAGGACAUGAAAGAAUGCUGGAUUGUAGAGCAGCAAAAGUUAUAUACAGGCAGAACCCUAGGGGCAGACGACUCACCGGUCGUCCAAUACUGAGAUGGAUAGACAAUGUAGAGAAGGAUUUCCACCAGUUGGGGGUUCGCGCAUGGAGGUGGAAAGCCAUGGAUCAUUCCCAAUGGAAGGAUGUGGUGGAGCAGGCCAGAGCCCUACAUGGGCUGUAGUGCCACUGAUGAUGAUGACAUAUAUUAAUCUGACUUUGCACUGACACGGCUGCAUCUAUACAUCAGAUCCAUUACCGUACCAUAUAAUUGGAGCAACAUACUGUGGAAAAAUAGAUGGAAGUUUAAUACCUGACUUGAUAUCAUAUAGCCUUAAACCUGUACCCCUUAUAAUGCUUCCAAAUACACUUUUAAAUAACAGAUUCCAGAUGGUAAUGAGGGGGAGAGACUGCAGUUGGGUUAGGUAAAAGGGUCAGGUUUUCCAAAACUUUAUUUUUCUCAUUUCCUAGAUAUUAGAUGGAAGUAUUGAAAGCUAAUAGAUGAACACUCAUUACAUCUGUAGCCCAUGAGAUAAGGAAAAUUUGAUAAUAACAUGUAUUUAAAUUAAUUAUAUGUAGAGCAAGUUAACUAGCAUUUAUCGGCAAAGGGCACAUUGUUUCUUAAUGUAAUGAUUACAAUUUAUAAUAUUUCAGACAAAACCUUCUAAACCCUUGUUUAUAAACUUUUGCUCCUGGAAGCGGAUCCCAGAACCAAAGUCACCUCAAGAUCCCGUGCCUGUUACAGGAACUAGACUUACACAUGAAAAAGGCAAGUCUCUCAAUCAGACAGAAAAAUUUAUUUUAUUUUUAACAUAUCAGGUAUUUUUAAAAAGAUAAGAAUUAGAUCUAUUCAGUCUUAGAUGAAAGGAAAUUGUUAAAAUUUAUUUUUCUAUUUGUAUACUUAAUUAUAUUUGUUUGUAUGUGGAUAAUUGGGGAGAUUAAUAUGUUACUUGGAUAAUUUGAUAACCAUAUUAAUACAUGAGGAGAGAAUUAUGCCUUUAGAGUGAGGUGUAAACAAAGCUGUCAUUGUCAUAAUUAGCAAAAAUAGAAAAGAUUUUAAAAUAAAAAGUUGCUUUUAAUUUUUAUUUGGAUCUUUUCUUUUUUUUGUUAGAAGUUGCCGGUAACUUAAUAUUAUAAUUUAAAAAAAUCAAGUUUGUUAAAGUCAAAUUAGAUUAAACAAGAAUUUAAGCCUGCCAUGCAAAAUAGUGUAGGUCACUACUAAUAGAGUAAGAAUCCUUCUUUAACUCAUUCAAGCUAUGCUAUUAGUAGUAAUUUUUUACAAUUUUGCAUUAAGGUCUGUAGGACCUAUAAUCUCAAUGGCUAAGGUCACAUGGAACACUUUCCACAUGCAUAGGCAAUGGCUCUGACAUCUGUUCAAAUAUUUAGAGUCAAUUCUAAAUGUUAAAAGGAUUGAGAAAGUCAAAAAGAUUAUUAGAUUCCUGACUCUUAAAAUUGAGAUGAUCUGGUACCUAGUAAAAGUAUACAAUCCUUACUUCAAAAGCACUGAGAAUUUGUUCAUUUUCUUUGCUCCUUUAUGCAGAUAAAUUUAUAAUUUAAAAAAUGGCAGUCGUUUCCUGUAUUCUGAUUACCGGGUACCUCACAACAUUUUUGUUUUUUAAAUGUAAAAUACCUUGCAUAAGAAACAAACCAAAAAUUCAAUGCUCACACUUUUAUGGUAGUUUUUUUGUAACCAAUACCUUAGUUGUGGGGCAAUGCUUGAACUUAUAACAAAUUGCCCUAUGCUAUUUUAGAUAUUCAUUUCUUUUCUUAAGGUGGUUUCUCUCUCACUUCCGUUGCAUUCAACCCAAGAGUGUUAGAGGAGUACGGUCGUAAUGCCAAAAACUCUGUAGAUGGUGACACUCUUAUACAGCUGGCUCUAGACUACAUUGAAGCUGAACAGAAGGUCAAGGUCACACGCACCUAUACUGUGCUACCAGUGGAGACGCCACACAAAGGUGACCUGAAUCUCAUCCAGCUCAGCUUUACCAAGUUAAACAAGCAGCAACCUCAGCCUCAAAAUGAUGUAGAGGAACUUGAAAAAAUGUUUGGCCCGCUCUCAACAAGAGAGAAAGACAGUCUGCUUUACAAACUCACCAACAUGGCUGGAAACGAUGCCACAGACAAAGAUGAACAUCCCGACAUUGUCUUAUCUGGCAUCCCAAGCACUCCAACCACCAGGGUUAAACUGAUAGAAGAACUGAAAGAUAUCAAGUUGACAACACCAAAAUAUUCCCUGGAGCCCCUGGAUGCUCCUAAUGGUAGACAACUUGUGUUGAGAGUGGAUCUGCCUGGUGUGAAGUCAGUUUCAGAGUGUGAAUUAGAUAUUUCAGAGGUAAUGCUUUUUUUUAAAUGUAAUUCUUUUAAGUACCGGUAACUGUUGAUAGAGCAGAUCAUCCCAAUGAUUAAAUAUUGCCCUUGAUGUACUAUAUUAUUAGACAUGUGGCACUUCACCUUUGAACAUCUGUCCUGUCGAUGGUAUUGGGGAGAGUCAUGUAUUACACUCUGAAAUCUGAUUAAAAGAUUUUUUGUAUUGGAGGAUGCAUAGUCAUUGGUGUCCCCAGAAGUAAAAAAAUGCACACUCUUACAGCAUUGUCCAAAUUAUUUGAUAUCAUAAUGAUUACGAUACUUAAAUUUUGUCAUGUUCUCUGGGUAUGAAAAUUAGACAUUGUGUGUGUGUAUUUAAGCACCGCAACCUGGGCAUACAAUAAAUUGUGUAUACACACAUAUACAGUAAGCCAUCAAUAAUCUGGACUACUCAGUAACUAAGAAAAUCUAGAUUGCCCAAAGAGAAACAAAAAUUAUCAAAAUGAGAAUCGCAUUGUGUUUUUAAGUGAAUGCAUUUGCAUCUCUAAACUUUACUAUAACAAAAAAAACAUUCUGGGCAGCGUUAUAAUAGUAGUCUUUCACAAGUCACCCAGUAAACCUAGACCUCAUUAUUUAAAACACAUAGGUUAUUACUUUUUUAAAGUAAAAUAUUUUAUGUGAUCUGACAGUGACCGGCAAUGGUGAAGGCGUAUGUAGGUUUUUUUUUCUGGUUAAUUCUUGUGAGCUUAUAGUUUAAUAUUUAAUUAACUGAACUGAAGCUUCCAGUUUAGCUAUGAGAAUUUAAAAAACGAUUAAGUCGAGGUUAAGCCACAGUAGGUCCAUAUUAUUAACGUAUGACUGUAUAAAUAUAUAUUUUCAUAGUCGUUAAAAAAUUAUCUUGCUUUUUUUUCCCCCCUAAGGAUGAUGUAAAACUUGUUGUGCCUGGUCAGUAUGAGCUAAAAAUCAAAUUGCCAAGUUGUAUAGAAGAUGAAGAAUCCUGUGCCAAAUUCAACAGAAAAACAAGUGUGUUAACAUUGACUAUGCCUGUUAAGACAUAAAUUGUUAUUUAAAUAUUUUUAUAUAAACAUAAUAUAAGUAUGCCAAUCACAAAUAUACUGGAGCUUUCAAUUCUCAGAUUAUUCAAUUCCACCUGAAAUUCAUUUCAGCUAAAAAAAUAUAUACCAGGUAUAUAAUUACAUUUGUCAUAAUUGAUAUAUUGGAACAUUAAGUGCACAACAUCUCCAUGAAGUAAAAGUAAAUUAACCUGCAUUUUCUCUAGAUAAACCAUAGCACAAGCCAGAAACUAAAUGAUAGUUAAAUUUAUUGAUUUAAAUCAAGCUCAUUCAUAAGUAGUAUGAAAAGCUUACUAAAUAAAAAAAAUAAUCUAUGUGACCAAACGCUUGAUUUCCAUCUAAUCUUAUUUCUACUGCUUAUAAAAUCAUAAAAAGAUUGUUUAGAUGUACCCGGUAGGUGAAAACCAAUUCAACUGCAAGUUAUUGCUGAAAACUCUCAGUGUGUGUUACUGUUAGCAUAAUUAAGUACAUUUAUGUAAAUAAUCACUUGUUGAUGUUUCUGAAAAGUCUUGUUCGGAUAAAUAAAGAUUUAUAUUUUUGUUAAUUUUGUUCUCACACAUUCAUCAAAGUUGUCUUAACUGUAUAUUCCAUUACUUAUUUGUGUAAUAAUGUUCUAAUUUAAUAGUAAUAGUAAUACUAACACCUUUGAUCUGAAAUUUAAAACUCAUUAAAUUGCAUUAGUGUUUC